AUGCCUGAUUUGAGCGAGACCGACCCCAGAGUCCAGAUAGACGCGAGCUAUUAUCCGCACAUCAUGGACCAAAUUCUCGGCCUUGCACUGCCGUCCAGCCCGUUGACUCUGAGGAAGGUGUGCCGCUACUGGCGCGCCCUCGUCGAUGUACAGGAAGCGCACCAUGUUGUGCUGGACAUGGGCUUGCCCCCCUUUGAACCUGAGUGGCCAGAGGUCACCGAGGCCAGUGAGGACGCCGAAUCCGAUGCCGGAGCGGCCGCCAGCGUGCACGAUGCCCAGCCCGAUGAGGACGGCGAUGUGCCGAUGCCGCCCUCGCCCCCGCCUCCGCCUAUGCGUCUAGUCCGGAAGCCCGCCCAGAAUGUGACCUAUGUCUGGCAGUUCUCGGCGAAGCGUCUCCCCAUCACGUACAUGCAUCGCACCCUCGCUGGGACGGAGCGCAGGACCCUGCCCUGGGUCGACGUGCGUCGCAAUGUCCGAGCCAUCGACAUCCGGUCCUCCGCCCAAUGGGUGCGAGACGCCGUGCCCCUCGACGACUUCAAGCUGCACACUGUGCGCCUCUCUAAGGGCGCUGGGUGGGACAGUGUCACCAUGCUACCUCACGCGUACCGCGUCGUGUUCGCCAAUGGACCGUAUGCUCGCAACCUGGCUGCUAUCCCGGACAAUGUGCAGGCGUGCACCUGCGAACGCACGCACACGCGCAGGGUCGUGCUCAACGUGCGCAACCCCGUACUGGACGCUAUCGACGAGAGAGUCCCGCCCACCAUUCCGUCUGGACUCAGGGAGCUCGUCGUCAUUUUCCAUGGCUGGCCCGUUAUUCCUCAGUACAACCCCAUCGACGAUGCCGAUGCCGACGGUGGCUUGAAUGGCGAUCCGCGCAAUGAUGCCAGGCAGUUCAUCGUCGCUGCCGCUGCCGCCGGCGUCAGAGUCACUGUCGUCAAUGUCGAGCUGCUUGAUCUCAAGAAAGGCAUCAAGACCUGCAACUGGGAGAGCUACCAGGAGGAGCUGGAGGAGUUUUGCGCCAUGGAUGUCGAGGAGAUGGGCAUGGAUCCGGAGCAGGUCAUGCAGAGGGUCAGGUUUGUUAGUGCUGAGAAGUACAGGAAGAGAGUGGGUGAGAAGGAGUUCAGAUUCGAGGCUAUGCUUGAUGUGUGA